UGGAUGCUAAUCGCCGCGGUGGUAAUCGUGGCGCUCACGGCGGUGCAGCUCGUCGCGGUCGAGAGGUCCAACCGUGAGGCCAAGAGGCUGGCGAACACGGCCAUGGCGCCGGUCCUCACUGACGUGGCCGAGGCGGCCGAGGCGGCCGAGCUGCUGCGGCAUUGCGCCUUUACCAAGUGGGACGACGACGAGAAGGAGGAGUGCGAGGGGGAGGACGAGGACGAGGAUAGCCCGCUCGCCGAGGCCUCUGUCGCCGACGGCUACGCGCCCCGCUUCGUCCGAGAGCGUUUCGACCGGCACGUUGACGAGUUCCUCAGGCUCAACCUGGUCACAAACUCGCUCCAGAGCUGGUCCUUCCAGACUAGCUACUUCGUCAGCCUCUUCUUCUCGGUCAGCGCCGCCGCGGCCAUCGUGCUGCAGGCGGAUCGCCUCUCGCCCGCGGAGAGCGCGCUCGCGCUCAACUACGCCUUCGCGCUGCCGUAUUUCCUGAUGUUCUUUUCCCUCAAUGUUCUGCAAGUCACCGCCGCGCUCACGGCGCUCGAACGGCUGCUCGAGCUGCUCGACCUCCCGCAUGAGCCUGCGUGGCGCGUCCCCUCAGUCGACGACCACCUCCCUCCCCGCUGGCCCGCGACGGUCCACGGCCGCAAGGGCGGAGCCAUCGAGUUUUGCGGCGCGAGCUUGCGGUAUGCGCCGUCGCUCCCGCCUGUGGUGCGGCGCCUCUCUGCCCGCAUCGAGGGCGGGGAGCGCGUCGGCUUAUGCGGCCGCACCGGCGCAGGCAAGAGCUCGUUGGUGGCGAUGCUCUUCCGCCUCGUCGACGCGUACGAGGGCUGCGUCCGGCUCGGCGGCGUCGACAUCGCCACGAUGGGCCUUCAGACACUGCGCCGGCACCUCGCGGUCAUCCCGCAGGUGCCGCUGCUGAUGGACGGCUCGAUCCGCCUCAACCUCGACCCGUUUGGAGCUCACUCUGAGCAGCGGCUCGCCGAGGUGUUCGCGCUCCUCGCCCUGCCCCCGAGCAUCCGGCUCGACACCGCCCUCGGAGGGGGGGCGCGCGGCGCGGCCGGCCUCUCCGCCGGGCAGAGGCAGCUCCUCGCGUUUGGGAGGGCCCUGCUGCGCGACAAGCUGACGGUGCUCGUGAUGGAUGAGCCAACGGCCAACAUCGACGCAGAGACGGACGCGCGAGUGCAGCACACCUUUGUGCGCGGCCAGCUGCGCGGCGUGACGGUGCUGACGGUGGCGCACCGGCUCCACACCAUCGCCGACUACGACGUGGUGCUAGUGAUGGAGGCGGGGCGGCUAGUGGAGCAGGGGCGGCCGCACGAGCUGCUCCGGCGCAGCGGCUCGUACCUGGAGCGCAUGUCGGCCGAGCUCGGGCCGGAGGAGUCGCGGGCGCUGCGAGGCAGAGCCGCCAAAGCGGGGGUAGGGUGGGAGGAGGCGCCUGGUUAAGCGGUUGCGGGCCGCGCCUACAUGCAAAUAAUUCCU